AUAUAUAAAUGCUGAUAUCCAAAUACAUAACACUUUAAAGUAGAUAAGCAGUCACAACACUGGAAACCGUCGUCGUAAUAUGUCUAUUCAUAUAUACUCUAUGCUAUCGAUAUUAAGUUAUCGUUAAAAAUAGUUAAAUAAUAUUUUUUUUUUAAAAAUGCCUGUAAAAGUAUCGUGGCCAGUCGCAAUAGCUAUUAUUCAUCCAAAUAUUGGAGGAUGGGCUGGAAGCUACUUUUCUAGAAAAAAUAUCAAACCUUGGUAUGAGUCUUUGAAAAAACCAACUUGGACUCCACCAAACUGGUUAUUUGCUCCAAUCUGGACAACUCUAUAUUGCACAAUAGGAUAUUCUUCAUAUUUAGUAUGGAGAGAUGGUGAUGGUUUUAGAAAAGCAAUAUUACCUCUUUCUAUUUAUGGAACUAAUUUAAUAUUAAACUGGUCUUGGUCACCAUUAUUUUUUGGGUUACACAAGAUAAAAUGGGCUCUGUAUGAAAUUGUUUUAUUGUGGGGAAGUACUGCAGCAAUGGGUGUGGCAUUUUAUAACAUAAAUCCAUAUGCUGGUUGUUUGAUUAUUCCAUAUUUAGCUUGGACUACUCUUGCUACAGCAUUAAAUUAUGCAAUUUACAAGAAUAAUAAACCAAGCAUUGAAGCAACUGCAAAUGAAAAAAAAGAAUAAUAUAUUUGAUACCUCUGUACCAAAUAAUAUUAAUGUAGAUCAUCUAAUAAAAAUAAUAUUUUACUUUUUUUUUAC